GAAUUUCGCUGCGUCCGAUCCCUUCCCUGGUUCGCGUUGCUUCAAAAGGAAAGGGGCCAGCCGCGCUUUUAUUUUUUGUUCACCCCGCCCAACACGCCCCGACUUUCAAACCAGGGCGGCUCUUUAUCUGAUUGAAUUGCUCCCGUUUUCACAUUUUUAAGCGGCUACCUACCUGGAUCUGUGGACGUCAGUUCACACCCAUCCACAUCUGACGUUAUCCCCCGGCAACAUUCUCCAGCAACCUCCAGCAACCCCCAGCAGAAAAAAAAAUACAUAAAUAUAUUUCAAUCCGCCUUGGAUGACGAUACCUCCACCGAACAACAACUAAACCCCUCCCAGCCGCCGCUUUGUCGUUUGUCGCGUAAGUGACAGAUAGACGCGAGCUGAAGGGCAGUUGGAUUUGAAUCUCAUUGCUGUCCAAAUUCACAAUUCUGGCGCCUCUGAUGCGCCUUUCAUGAGAUUCAGGAGCUUGAAGCUAGCUUGGAGCUUAAGCUAACAGCUCAAGCUGACGUUGAAAGAAUGCCACCAAAACAGGGCCGUUAUCAACCUGCCCGGGAAUUCCACAUUGUUGUGUUAGGUGCAGGCGGUGUCGGGAAGAGUUGUCUUACAGCUCAGUUCGUCCAUAACGAGUGGAUCGAGAGCUAUGACCCAACGAUUGAAGAUUCGUACCGCACUCAGGUGGCCGUUGAUGGUCGCCAGGUAAUUCUGGAGAUUCUGGAUACCGCUGGCACUGAGCAGUUCGUUGCCAUGCGGGAUCUAUACAUGAAGACCGGCCAAGGUUUUCUUCUAGUCUUUAGUAUUACCUCAACCUCGUCGUUAGCCGAACUUGCCGGACUUCGUGAUGAGAUUAUGCGCAUCAAGGACGACGACAAUGUGCCAAUUGUCAUCUGUGGAAACAAGGCGGACCUCGAAGACCAGCGGUCCGUGCCACGAACCAAAGGUUUUCAAAUCUCGCAGAGAUGGGGUGCACCGUACUAUGAAGCUAGUGCUCGAACGAGAACGAACGUCGAUGAAGUUUUCAUAGACCUAUGUCGACAAAUGCUGCGGAAGGAUGAUGCGGGGGAAAACUACCUCGAGGACCAAGAUGAUAAAUUCGACCCUUACUCUAUAUCAUACUAUAAAAAGCGAAGACGGCGAAAGGAGCGGGAUUCGAGUCAUCGGCCGAAAUGCGUUAUACUAUGACCGAUUCGGCCGGACUUAUUCGUGGGGCGUUUAGGUGAUACGAGCAAACCCUCUCAUGUGAUUUUGCUCACGGCGUUUAUCACGACUAGGUAGUAGUCACUAAGAAA